CAUUAAACAAAAAUACCUCAGACUGGCGACCAUUUAUUAUAUGCCAAGCCCUGGAUGGUGAAAAACAGAUAAAUGACAAAAGAUUUAUCUCUCCUCUCCCUUAGUUUGGAAAGAGAAGCGCAUGCACACUAGACCUUCCCAAAGUCAUAUAAAAAGGAAAGGAAAUACCUUCAAGAGACAGCAUUUCCCUCCUAUGUCUGUGUUUCCACUUGUUACUGUGGCUCACCAUUGAUCAUAUGGCUUCAUCAAUGGAAAACCCUCAAAUCAGCUCGCAACGAAGAGACGAGAUGCCAGAGCCGAGUCUAAGAGACUAUUGGGGGGUGAGGUCUCAACUGAGCCGUGACACCAUCAGGUCCAGCAGAAGGUUUUCAGGUUCCCAUAUCAGAAGCUUCAGAGAAGAGGCCAAUAAUGCCAAGUCUUUCAGAUCAUCACAAUUCACCAUUUCCAGCACUGCUUCCUCUCCAUGCUAUCACCCUUUCAAAGAAGAGAUCGACCCGUCAACAUACUCAUUCACCACUGCUCUCAAAGCUCUGCAGACAAGGUCAGGGCAAUGCAACAGCUGGGCAGGGGAGUGUUUAUCCCCAGAUGGGUUUGCUCUGCACUCCAAGUGGAAUGAAGCUGAGAAGUACAUAUGCAAUCCUCUCUCAGGGCAGGUGCCCAUGGAGUGUCUUUCGGCGAAGACGCUGAGUGGCAGAUCGUUUUACAACAAGAUUACAGUGUCUGCUCCUCUUGUUUACUCUUCUUCGUCCACCCAUCCGAGGCAAAUCCAGGUCAACAAGCCUGCUGCUGUUGUUGUUGCAGCUUCCCAGGAUCAUCACAUACACGUUACUUCCCCCAUUCCAGAAAGCAAGACGGAGAGCUCUGGAAGUACUAGAGAUAUUGGAACGCAGAGCACUCCACCACCUGAGGAGCUCGGUUCAAGUGGGUCUAGCCCCGGUCAAACCGCUGCAGUAAGAGAGAGAUCAUCUCCAUUGAAGAGACAUGAAGCAGAAGGUGGAGAAGAUCCCCCUAAGGCAACUGUUCUGAAAGCUGCAGAAAAGCCUCAAAUGGAAAAAGAAUCUACGAAAACAGACGGUAAGAAAAAGGAGGAGGUAAUAUGGAGAUGCAGUAGCUACAGCAACAGCAGCAGCAGCCAAGGUGGUUGCCUGUCAUGGAUGAGGAAGAGGCAAAGAGAGAAACACAAAACACCAAGCAAGAAAAACAUCUUCCUGCGUAAGCUCGAAGGCUGCUGAUAUCGGAAACCCAGCGAGCUCAGAGAGCUAAGCAGUGGGCAAGGGAGCUAUGAUAACAGUGACAAGCUUAUGAGAUGGUCUUUAUAAGAACAGAGUAGCUGUUCCGUGGUGACAAUAUCAGGAGGGUCUGCAAUUCUUUAUCUUUUGUGGUUUCGAUCUUGUAGUUUCAGACUCAAAAGUGAUGCUACCUUCUGUUGUUUCUUCUGCAAAGGGUGGGGAAAAAAUGAAAAUGAGGUUGUUGACAGCUUUUGGGUUUUUGCUUCUGGUAGUGUAUGGAGAAAGAUUCUGUGUUUCAACAGAAGCAUGGAAUUCACCGAAUAACUAAAGUGAUUGAGAAAACUGAUGAGGCUCUACCCCUGUCACGCAAGUUGCAAAAGAUCAAGAAAUGCACGAGGAACAAGGAG